AAUAAAAAGUAUUUUUAAUUAAUAACUGAAAAUAAAAUUCCUAAAAUAACUGUGCAAAAAUUUAAAAGCUAAGUAGUUUAUAUUUCCUAACUUAAAAAGCAAAGCAAACAAAAAUCCUACAACAACUAUUUAUGCUAGUAAAUAGUUACAGAAAAAUACGAUUUACAACAAAAAUAACACGAACAACAAAAACUCGUUUAACAAAUGUGUAUACGUCUGAAAAGCAUUAAAUGUAAAACAAAAUUAUCUGAAAAAAAAAACACAAAAAAUCCCAUCCCAUAAAUACUAUAAUAAUUAAGUGCAUAUUUAAGAAUUGAUAAAAAGUAAGCUGUUGAACAACUAGUUGCUAAAACCAACAACAACAACAUCUACAUUCUUUCAAAUCAAUAAACCCUCCACGAAAUUCUCCGCCAGAAGCCAAAUUGUUACUAUACAUUUUUCGAUUAACAAACAUAGUUGAAGUGUAUAAACUUUAAAGAAGAAAAACACAAAAAAAAAUAAUAAUAAUAAUAAAAAAGAAUAAUAAUAAUAAAAAGCAUUUUCUCAUUGACAAUUUGUCAACAAAAUACCGCCAAAAUUCAGCAAAAUAUAAAUAUGUUGCACGAAGCGCUCAUGCUUGAGAUCUACCGGCAGGCGUUAAAUGCUGGCGCCCUACCGACAGCACGGCCUCGCUCCACAGAAUCGGCCAACUCAAGCGAGCGCUGUCCAUCGCACGAUUCCAAUUCCUCAGAGAAUGGCCGCGAUUGUCGAGAAAAUGCCAAUGCCGUGGCGGCUAAUGCUGCUGCAGCUGCAGCUGCCGCCGCCAGUGCUGGCAUGUUGCCCCUGCCAUCCUCAAUGACUGCUACAUUCCCAGCUGUACCUCAGAAUUUACCCGCACAGCCACCAUCGAUGGAGGCAUAUCUGCAAAUGGUGGCCGCCGCUGCACAACAAUAUGGAUUUCCGUUAGGUGGCGCAGCAGGUCCACGUUUUCAGCUACCAUUGCCUGCAGAUGCCGCCGCACCAUUCAAACUACCACCACAAGCAUCACCCACCGCUUCAAGCAAUAAUUCAGAGGCUUUAGACUUUCGCACAAAUCUCUUUGGACGUGCCGCCUCAACGGAUCCAGCACCUUCCGAGGAGGAGGACGACGAUGAGGAAGCUAAUGACGCUAAUAAUCCGCUUGAUUUAUCGGUUGGCACGCGUAAGCGUUCAGCAGAUGGCAAUAACGAACCGGACUCGACGAUCGGGCAAAUACAAGUGAAGAAAAUAUUCAAAACCGAUAGCCCACCCUUGGUGGCACCACCACCGACGGUGCCUUCAGCACCACUCUUACCGGCCGUCAAUCCGUAUUUGGCAGCUGUUGCCGCAGCAAAUAUUUUCCGUACCGGGCAGUUUCCCGAUUGGAAUGGCAAGAAUGAUUUGGUUGUCGAUCCGUUAGAGAAAAUGUCCGAUAUUGUAAAGGGCCCGCGUAAGGAGAAGUCUUCACGUUCCUCAGCGAGCAGUACACCCACCACACCGACUGCUGGUGCACAACCACCAACUUCUGCUGCUGCUGCUAACACGCCAAAUACAGCCACUACGCUAACCGCCUCCACCGAGGGCAUGUCCAAGGCGCGUCACAACAUCUGGCAGUCACAUUGGCAGAACAAAGGUGUGGCCAGCUCAGUUUUUCGUUGCGUUUGGUGUAAACAGAGUUUCUCCACGUUGGAAGCGCUCACUACGCACAUGAAGGACAGCAAACACUGUGGCGUGAAUGUACCGCCAUUCGGCAACUUGCCCAACACCGAUCGCCAUCACCAACCACCGCCACCGCAGGCGAACAGUGGCUCACAACACUCGCACAACCUACGAAAGCAAGUCGGCAGUGGUGGUGGCGCACAAAAUAAUUCGUCUUCCACACCCUCCGCAGCAGCCAAGAACGCAUUCCAGUAUCGCGGCGAUCCGCCCACCCCAUUGCCGCGUAAAUUGGUGCGCGGCCAGAAUGUAUGGCUGGGUAAGGGCGUCGAGCAAGCUAUGCAGAUAUUGAAGUGCAUGCGUUGUGGCGAAAGUUUCCGUUCGCUCGGCGAGAUGACCAAGCACAUGCAGGAGACCCAGCAUUACACAAACAUUUUGUCACAAGAACAAACGAUCUCAAUGAAAUCCUCCGGUGGCGGUGAUGCCAAAGAUGGUCACAACAGUCUGAGCUCGGAAGAAAGCCGUACACUAAGCGCUGUGCUAACGUGUAAAGUGUGUGAUAAGGCAUUUAAUUCCUUGGGCGAUCUCAGUAAUCAUAUGGCUAAGAAUAAUCAUUACGCCGAGCCGCUCAUGCAGUCUAUGGCCGGUGGUGCUGGUAGCCGCAAGCGACCGGCACCCAAAAAACGCGAGAAAUCCCUACCGGUGCGCAAGUUGCUUGAAAUGAAAGGUGCCCAGAAUGAGGCCGCUGAAAGCAUGGAAGCCAAGAUGCAACGCACCUAUGAAAAUGCCAAACGCAUGCCACUAGAAGGCACUGGUAUCGGACCGGGUAACGAUAAGUCUGAUGCCGCACUCUUUGCCGAACGCAUGCGUCAAUAUAUAACGGGUGUAAAAGUGACUGACGAUGAAGCAGCCAAGGCCGGGCUCAACGCAAGCGGUUUAAUGAACAAAACUAAGUCACCUGAGUUGGAGCCAAAAAAUGGCGCAACUAAAUCCACAACGGGCUCCUCGUCAGUACUCAGUGCUAUUGAGCAGAUGUUCACUACCAGUUUUGAUACGCCACCGCGUCACGCGAGCUUGCCGGCCACUAGUCCAUCUAAUUCCUCAACUAAGAACACAUCACCGGUCGCUUCGAGCAUACUGAAGCGUCUGGGAAUCGACGAAACUGUCGACUACAACAAGCCUUUAAUUGACACAUCGGAUCCGUACUAUCAGCAUUACCGUUACACAAGCAGUGAACGUAGUGGCAGCGAGUGUAGUGCUGAGACACAUGUCGAGGCAAGGAAAAUGGACAUUCCCACGCCAGAAAAGCAACAGCAACAACAGCAGCCAUCAGUAGAAAUGUUGAACUGCAUGGAACAAAAAUCCAAUGAACUUAAACGCGAGCUCGAGUCAUACAAACAACAGUCAGCACAAGCCGACGUAGUGAUGGAACAAGCACCACAAAUCAAAAUGGAGAUCAAGUCUGAAGUUGAGGAGGACGAACGUGGUAAUGAGAGUCCGGAAAAUGGCGCCGGCAAUGAGAUCACUGCAAUGCAGCAUGUCGCUAAUGGCGCUGACUUUUCUCUAACCAACAAUAACAAUAAUAAUAAUAACAACAACAGCAAAGAACGCAGUGUUACACCACCCAAAUCAGCUGGACCGGUGAGUCCUGUCAUGAAUAAAACGCUAGCACCACGCAGUCCCACCGAUAGUCAUCGUUCCGUUACACCGAAAUCACCGGCAUCCAGUAUUAAAUCGUACGAUGGUGAAAAGAAAUAUCCGAGUGAUUCGCUAAAUGCGCUCUCCUCCAUGUUUGAUUCGCUGGGCAGUUCCAGUAAUACCAAUACGCCAAAUACGCGCUCUCAAGCAUCUGCUAUGACAUCAUCACUAAGUCAUAAAAUCGAUUCGCCCGAAAAUCUCACCACCUCCAAUUCGCUUGCUGCUUUACGUCAAUUUUGCAUAAAAAAAGAGAAAACUGCUUAAAUCUCAGCUUUUAUGUUUUUCGUCUCGCGAGAGAGAAACAGAUUUCAAAAAUUUUUUGUUUGCCACCUGACGCCCUGGGUGUUGGGCUUUUUUGUGUACGAGUGUCGCGCGCUGCGGACGCGUCAUGUCCGAAUGCUUUUCACAAGCCGCACUCCGCUAAAAAAGGGCUUUGUGUGAUGCGGAAGUCGGAUAAAAAUACAAAUUAUGGGAAAAAGAAAAAAAAAACGAAAAAAAAUAAUAAAAAAAAAUUUAAAUAAAUGAAAUAAAAAUUUAAAAAAAAUAUAUACAAAAAAAAAAUUGGUGUGUGACUUUCCACAGUACUACGUCAAACGUCAAACAGAUGAAGUGUGGUGUAGGGUGAGAUAACAAAGACUCCAAGGAAGACAAUGCGUUUCUUCAAAGACACAGUUUGUUUGAAUAAACAGCGCUGAGGAAAGAGAGAGGCCGAGAGUGGAUAGAGGAGACAAGCAAGCAUGAGUUAUAUGCAGAAAAUGUACGGAAACGAGUCCAACCAAGGGAGCAUUGACCGGGCUAAAGUGUGAGCGAACGAAAUUUUUGCCAAGCUGUGCAUCUUGCUAAAAGCGGAAGGACCCGCCGUGCACGACACGGAACGAAGGGUUCUUUUACGUAGUAGUAUUGUUGUACGAGCAGUGGGAACGCAGCAGCAGCAGCUGUAGAAGAGCGGACAAAUCGAAUUAAAAAAAAAAUAAGAAGAAUUCAUAUUAACAGUGACAAGAAUGUUGACGAGUGAGACGAGGAUUACGCAAAGGAAACUCAACUCUUUCAACUCCAUGACCGAGACAAAUGCAAUAAUUAUGCAGUCCGCCGACAAAACACAAGUUGGGACCAGCUAAGAGCCAUGCCAAAUUAACCAGCACGAAUCAGGCGAAACCGACAUUUGUGGAUUGUUACGCGCGUCGAGCACCAGAAUUUUACGGGAGCAAAAACGAAAAAAAAAAA